CGAUGGGCUUCCUGGAACAUUGGCGUAUUCAUCUGCAUCCGCUGUGCAGGAAUUCACAGGAACCUUGGUGUGCACAUUUCCAGGGUGAAAUCAGUCAACCUAGAUCAGUGGACACAAGAGCAGAUUCAGUGCAUGCAAGAGAUGGGAAAUGGGAAAGCCAACCGACUGUAUGAGGCCUACCUACCUGAAAACUUCCGACGACCUCAGACAGAUCCAGCUGUAGAAGGAUUUAUCAGAGAUAAAUAUGAAAAGAAGAAGUACAUGGACCGAAGCCUGGACAUCAAUGCAUUUAGGAAAGAAAAAGAUGACAAAUGGAAAAAGAACAGUGAGCCAGUUCAAGAAAAGAAAGUGGAGCCUGUGAUUUUUGAGAAAGUCAAAAUGCCUCAGAAGAAGGAAGAUCUGCAGCUACCUCGAAAAAGCUCCCCCAAAGCAAUUGAGCCUGUAAUGGACUUGUUGGGCCUUGAUGCCCCCGUGGCCUCCUACAGUAUCUCAAAUAGCAAGACCAGUAACACCCUAGAAAAGGAUCUAGAUCUCUUGGCCUCAGUUCCAUCAUCUUCUCUCUCGGACUCCAGAAAGGUUAUAGGAUCCAUGCCAACUGCAGGGAAUGCCAGUUCUGUUCCUGAAAAUCUGAACCUGUUUCCUGAACCAGGAAGCAAAGCAGAAGAAUCAGGCAAGAAACAGCUCUCUAAAGACUCCAUCCUAUCACUUUAUGGAUCACAAACUCCUCAGAUGCCUGCUCAAGCAAUGUUCAUGGCUCCGGCUCAGAUGGCCUAUCCCACAGCCUACCCCAGCUUUCCUGGUGUCCCCCCUACUGGGACCAUGAUGGGGGGGAUGAUGCCCCCACCAGUGGGCAUGUUGACCCAGCCUGCAGCUGCUGGAAUGGUGGCCCCUGUAGCCAUUCCACCAGGUUAUGUAGGUGGCAUGCAAGCUGCAGUGAUGGGUGUCCCCAAUGGCAUGAUGGCUGCCCAACAGGCUGGCUACGUCGCAGGCAUGGCGGCUGUUCCUCAGACAAUGUACGGCAUCCCACCAGCACAGCAGCUGCAGUGGAAUUUGGCUCAGAUGACCCAGCAGAUGGCCGGAAUGAACUUCUAUGGCACCAAUGGCAUGAUGAGCUAUGGACAGUCCAUGGGCAGUGGGAAUGGCCAGACAGCCAAUCAGACGCUCAGUACUCAGAUGUGGAAAUAAAAGCGGAGCACCUGCAUUGUUACCACUUAUUUUCCCCAAACUCCUUCCUCUAUCUUCUCUCUGCUUCCCUCUCUACCUCUUCCUGUUUUGUUUGGAAACUGCCCUAGGAGACAUACAGGCUUUGACCCUCCAUCCAGUCUGAUCACUUCCCCCCUACCCCCAUACUUGAGACCUGCUUUCUGCUGUUCAUGCCCACACUUAACCCCCAGAGCCUUGGUGUCCAAGCCCUUCUCCAGGGGGCAGCAGAGAGCCCUCUAGCACCACUGGAAUGCACAUACCCAGAGCUCUUUUCCUUAUGGGAGAUGAGGCAGUAUCUGCUCCCCCAGCCUCUGAAAGAGGUCUGUGGGCACUAUUCAGGCACCAAGGACUAGGGUUAGAGGCCUCUAUGUAUCACCCAUAUGUCAUUUUUUUUUAAGGUUGCUUUUGUGGGGGGAGGGAUGAGGCGGGCUAGGUAGAGAAAGGGAUUUAAUCAAACUCCAAUCAUGGGUCUUUGUAAAUGGGGCUCACCAGGUUCAGGCUGAGCCAGAGCCUCUCCAAGGGAGGGAGAGCCAGGGUUAUUCUGCUUUGUUCUGAACAGUCCUCUGUGGCUUUAGUCCUUGUCAUUGGAACUCAAGUCACUGUGAGGCUCUGCUGCCUGGAGAUGGGCCUUAUGCACAGAUGUUGAGAAUGGGAAGUUUGCCCUUCUUAUGAGUGGCUUUUUAUUGUUUGUUUUCCCAUCCAAUCUGGGGUGGUGGUGGUUAAAAAAUAAAAUAAAAAGUUUUAGAUUAACAAACUAAACUAACAAAAGAGUUAAUUUAUCGGCAGCUAAGAGCUAUUGCCACUUUUUUUUCUUAUGGUAUUAAGAAUGUGUUAUCUGCCAUCCUAAUUAAUGCUUCCCUUCCUUCCUCUCCCUGCAGUCCUGUUUGUUCUGGGGUAGCCCUGGCACCUCUGUUUCUUGCAUAUUUUACACUGUGCAUGAGGCAGAGACCCCAGGCAGCUUUCCUGUCAGUCACCAUUCACCUCACUAGAAAAUCAAAAGAAAAAAAGUUUUUGCUUAAAUGAUUUCAUUUGCGUGAACCAAAAUUUUCGGUUGACUUUCUCCUGUGUAUAUGUAAAUUCCUUAAUAAAUAUUGCAGUGAGAUGC